AUGCGUGCGCAAUCAAAAAUACUUGCCAUCAGGUGUGCUGAUCGUUCUCAUAUUGUGUGCAUCGAAGAGUUUAUUCGUGGUUAUGUUCAAGCAUUGGCGGAAGUUGAUUUCAUAUCAUUUGCUCAGCGAGAUGAGCUGUAUUCACAAAUAACUGAGGCCGUGAUGUUCCGCAAGCAUACCAAAAUUUAGUUGGUUCUUGCCAAGGCAAGCCCUGUGUUGCUGUUGGUUAGAUGAAAUGGACCACGCAGUUCGCUACUGAACGGAUCGCGA